AUGGUUUGUAUUCGGGCUGAGUUGCUUUCAAUGGGAAGUGUUGGAGACUUGAGAUUCAAUACAAGGGUCAGGUCUGCAAAAGAUUUGGUGCAAGCAAUAGUACGACAAGCUCGCUAUUUUUAUCGAUUCAAUACUUUUGUUGCAGAUCUCAGAAAGGAAAAUGACAUGUUAAUGUCAAAAUUAGCGGGCGUUAAGACAUCGGGAGACCCUCUGCAGCAGGUGCAAAUGAAAGAAGCAAGAGCUGUUAUAGAAAAAGUGGAGAAGUUGGAACGCAAAGGAGAAGCAAGCAAGAGCUGUUGUAAUGGUGUUCUUCCUAAUUGGUUGUCUCGAUAUAAAGUAGGCAAGCAUUUCGAAGAAAUGACUGAAACAGUGAACCAGCUCAAUGAAAGGUUAACAGUGACACCAAACAGUUUGCCAUCUCAACCCAGAAUCACGCGCCGUGACAAUGUCAGUAUCUUUGAAUCUAGAAAAAGGCCGUACAACGAAAUUCUGGCGGCAUUGGAAAAUGAUGAGAUUUACAUGAUUAGUCUUUGUGGAAUGCCGGGUUGCGGUAAAAUGUUCUUGAUCAAAGAAAUAUGCAAUGAAGUGGAGAGCUUGGAACUCUUUGAUAAGGUGGCCUUUGUCGCGGUGUCCUUUCCUCUAGACAUUAGAAGAAUUCAAGGUCAAAUUGCAAGCCAUUUAGGUUUCAGACUUGAUUAUGACAUGGAUGAGACUGCAAGAGCUAAAAGACUACCCAUGAGAUCAAAUAAUGGUGACAAAAUUCUCUUAGUUUUGGAUGAUAUAUUGGAAGUGCUUAAACUUGAGGACGUUGGGAUUCCCCUUGGCAGAAAUGGCAAGGUUGUUUUGACUACCCGUUCAGAACGUGUAUAUACCUUGAUGGAGUGUCAAAGAGUGACCUAUUUAUCACUCCUAUACGUUGAGGAAGCUUGGGUUUUAUUCGAAAGCAAUGCGAGCUUGAUACAAGAUACAUCAAAAUAUUUGGCGCUUCUGAUUUCAAGAGAAUGCCAAGGAUUACCUCUUUCAGUUAUUGCUUUGGCCAAAGACAAACCAGAACAUGUUUGGAAGGAAGCAUUUAAGACAUUGAGAAAUCAUGAAACAGCAAAUAUAUCAAGUGACGUGGGAAAUGUCUAUAAAUGUAUGAAAUUAAGUAUCAACCACUUGGGUGAUGAUGAAGAUGUUUGGAAGGAAGCAUUUAUGACAUUGAGAAAUCAUGAAACAACCAAUAUACCAAGUGAGAUGGGAAGUGUUUAUACAUGUCUGAAAUUAAGUAUCGAUCACUUGGGUGAUGAUGAAGCGAGAUCACUUUUCUUUUUAUGUGCCCUCUUUCCAGAAGAUUCAAAGAUCGCUCGGGAAAUUUUGAUCAGAUUUGCAUUUGGAUUGGGCAUAUUUAAGGAUGUUGACUCUUAUGAAAGAGCUAGAAUCGAAGUGGUAGCCAUCAUUGAUAAACUCAUCAACUCUAAUUUGGUACUACAGGAAGACCAAGAAAGACAAUACAUGUGCAUUCAUGACAUGGUGCGUAACGUAGCCUUUCGGUUAGCACGGGAAAGUCAAGUGAUCAUGGCCCGGAUCCAAACAGACUUACUAGAGAGGGUUUAUGUGGAUACAACAAGAUUAUAUUGUCAUGAUAUAAAUGAAUACACAAAUCAAUUAAAUUUCCCCAAACUUGAGUUUCUGUUUGUUUCUCAUGAUGGUGGGUGUACAUCAGAUUUUUCAGAUACUUUUUUCAUUGAGACGAGAGAGCUCAAGGUGCUGACCAUAAUAAAUACAUCUACAUGGACAAUCCCAGAUCUACUCUUGCCUCAAUCAGUGGCUGGGUUGAAAAAGCUUCGAACUGUUUGCUUGAGAGGAUGGCCCUUGAACAACAUCUCUAUGUUGGGAAAACUGGAGAUGCUUGACACUAUUGAACUCGUGUAUUGUGUAAUAACAGAGCUACCUAAAGAAUUAGCAGAACUAAGAAGGUUAAGUUUGUUGGAAGUGCGGGGGUGCAUAAUAGGGAGCAAUCCUUUUGAGGUGCUAGCCAGAUGUUCCCAACUUGAAGAGCUCUAUUUUGUUGAGAAUAGUCUUCCAGAAAUGGUGUCAGAUGAUCAUAAUGUUGUUGAAUUAUUUUACCAGAUUGGCUCCUCUAAGGUACUGCAAAGGUAUCAUCUUGAAAUUGGAAGUCUCAUAGAUACUUUGGAAAAUUAUUUGAUCACAAAAUUCAUAUCUGUAAAUGGUUUUAACAUCCCUACCUCAAAUGAAGAAAUGAAGCAUAUGGCGGAAAAAUCAGAAGUUCUGUUUUUGGAAAAUAUCAAAGGAGAUUGCAAAAAUAUCUUCCCUGACAUGAUUCCAAUAGAAAGAGAGUGUAUGAACGAGUUGACAGAAAUUUUACUUCAUGAUUCUGACAACAUAGAAUGCUUCAUUGACACCACAAAUCAGGCUACAACUGUUUUCUCGAGGUUGCUGAAGCUGAAAAUUAGAACGAUGAAGUGCUUUAAGGCCUUGAGCUGUGGUCGGCCUCCUUUCAAUCUUUUCGAGAAUUUACAAGACCUAUUUAUAGUGGAAUGUAGCGAAUUGCGCUGUAUUGUCUCCAUAAUAAAAGAUGAGGAGGAAGAUGCACUUACUCAAGCAGGGCCUAUUUUCCCAAAAUUGAAACAAGUCUGCGUCCAGGGAUGUCCACAUUUGGAAUUCAUCAUACCAGCAUCUUUUCAUGGUGGCCUUCCACAAUUGAGCAUCAUAUCUGAUUCAGAUUCAAAAGUAGCGAUUCAGCAAGGUGGUGGCAAGUCUAGGGAGCAGGAGUUGGAACUUCCAGCAAAACAAAGCAGCGACAUGGUUGUGCAAAGAGCAGGAGACCUUCAUCUUGAAGAAUACAAAAUGGAAGGGCCAUUUAGCGAUAACUGCAACCUCCAAAAGAUAACAGUAAAGUCUUGUCCGAUCUUAGGGUCAUUGUUCACUGUAUCAGCUGCUAAAACCUUGAGAUUGAUGAAGACUUUGAAGAUAGAAGAGUGUCCUGGAAUGAAAGUUCUACUGAAAGAUGAUAGUGCUGAAGCACAUAAAAGGAAGGCAAUAGUUGAAAAAGAUGGUGGACAAGCUAUCUUUCCAAGUCUUUUCUUCCUAAGUUUGAAAAAUCUACCAGAGCUCAUCCAUAUGUGCAAAGGGGAUAAGUUAAAAGCUGUAAAAGGUGUCAUGCUUCCAGAAUCGUUCAAUCUAUCUAAUCUUCAAAGCCUGACUGUAAAAUCAUGUCCAAGGCUGAGAUUGUUGUUCAUAGUAUCAACUGCAAAAACCUUAACGUGGUUGAACUCUUUGGAGAUAACAGAGUGCUCUGGAUUGGAAUACGUAAUAAAAGGCAAGAGUAAGGAAAUUGCCCAAGGUGAUGCAGAAGAAAUGCUUCCUAAGCUCGAUGUUCUACAUUUAGUGAAGCUACCAAGUCUGAUCAUUAUCCAACGAGGCAUUAAGUUGCAAUGUGAGCUAUGUCACGUGCAUGACUGUCCAAAGCUGAAACAAAUAUUAGCUCAUGUUUGGAAGCCAGACGACUUGCUACAAGAGUACGAAAGCCCAGAAGAAGAAGAAGAAGAUUACCAUGAGGAUGAUGGUGAAGAUAUGGACAGGAGAGAAGAAAAACACAAGGAAGUAGAAUAUGCAACACUAGAGGACAACAGUAAUGUGAUUGAGCACAGUUCCACAAGCUGUCAAGAAAACAAAGAAGUUGAUGUGGCAGCUGCUGGAAAUCCAUCUGUAGAUUCCUUGUCACCUGCCUUGGCUUUAGAUCCGAGUGAAGUUGUUGCCAUCCACCAAGACGAAGAAGCACCAUCACAAGCUGGAUCAACUCAUUGA